ACCAGCCCCGCCCCGCGACUUCCGGCCUCCUAGACCCGCCAGCGGGGGGGGCGGGGGUGCAGAGUGCGGAUCAUGGAAGAACCUCCCGCAGAAUCCUUGGGUCCCGAGAGCACAGCCAAGUCCCCAGAUGACAGCCGCACAGAUGGCCAGCAAGACACCUGGCGGGACCAGGAUGAAGAAGAGGUAGAUGAGCAGACUGACCCCAGAACGGCUGAGCAGACUGCGCAGGGAAUGUCUGGACAGACUGACCGCAGGGUGUCCGAACCCCCUGGGCGCCAGGCAUCUGAUCAGGGUGACCGAAGAGCGCACGGACAGAUGCAUGGCACCACGUCCAGCCAGACCGGCCCUGGGGGUGCUCAAGAGACUAACAGCCAGAUGUUUCUUCCGCUGGAACAAAGAACUGAUGGACAGAUGGAACACAGACGGUCCAGCCAGGCCGAGGGACGAGCUUCCGGGCAGACCGACAGCAGGAGGUCCAGCCAGACUGAACGAAGAGCCUACAAGCAGAUUAACCACGGACCAUCUACCCAGACCAGCCAGAGAACUUCUGAGCAGGUCGUCGGCAGAAGCCCUGUUGCACCUGAGCAAGGAGCCCCCGAACAGGUUGGCCACAGAACGUCCAGCCAGGAUGACCGAAGAACUUCUGAACAGAUUGGCAGCAGAUUGUCUGGACUGGUUGAGCGAAGAACUUCUGAAAAGACUGGUCAUAGACCGUCUACCCAAGGUGACCCCAGAACGCUUAUAAAGACCUACCCAGACGUGGAUGAGGAAGCCCCUGAGCUAGUUGAAGAGCAAGCAGCUGAGCAAGCCCAUAGCAGUGCUGAGCACCUUGCAGCUGACAAGGAUGACGGCAAUGACCAGGCUGACCCCUUAAUGGAUGGAGAGAAUCACAAAGAAGACUACCUGGCUGACUAUGGAGCACCCGGCCCGUAUGAUGACAAAAUAUUUAGACAACUGGGUUACAGUAAGGAAUACAAAGAGCCUGAACCCAGAGUAGAACCCUGCAAAUUUGAGACGGAAGAAAUAGACCGAGACAAUUCCUGGACUUCAGCUGAAUCUGACACUGAAAGUGUAACCGGUCUGAAAGGAUUGGAUGCCUGUGAUGCCAGAUUCACCAAUAAUUUGCAAGCAAAAGACCAAUUCUACUCCCAAGGAUUCCCCUGUAUCUCAUCCAAGUUGGACUAUAUAAGUCGAGAAAAAACUGAAGCCGCAGAAACCAAGCCUGAUGAGAUUUCAGAAUACCAAGGAGGAAGGAAAUCUUUUGGAUACAAUCAAACUUACAGGAGGCAGUUCCCUCCUAUUGUAUAUGAAGAUCCCUAUCAAGUUUCACUACGAUACAUGGAGAAGCACCACAUUCUGCAGAUAUUCCAGCAGAUCACUGAAAACUUAGUCUUUGAAAAGCCAGAAGACCCCCUCAGUUUUAUGCUGGGCCAGUUGGUUAAGCAUCUGACUCUUGGUGUUGGCUCAGGUCGUGAUCUCAGGGUUACGAGAUUGAGUCCCUGCAUGGGGCUCUGCACUCAGCUUGGACUCUGCUUGACACUUUAUCUCCUGCCCCUCCACCCUGCUCUCUCUACCUCUCUCUGUCUCAAAUAAAUAAGCAAAUCUUUUAAAAAUAUGUUUUAAAUGGUUCCCCUGAAAUUACAACAGGUAUCUUUGACUUAUCAAAGUCUAAAUUAUUUGUACUAGGUCAGUACAAGGACUUUUAUAUUUUAAAUUUCUGUAUAUUUUAACUUCACAAGAUAUGGAAAUUCCAAGUUGACCAAAAUUGCAAGUGGAAAAAAAAUUCUUUUUC